AGAAAGGAGCCUGCAGAGACCGGAGCUGUGAUUGCAGACGUUCUCCCCGGCCUGCCUGAGCCUGAUCCCGACUUUUCCCGGGCCUCUGUCCUUCGCCUGGACCUCGCUGAGAAAGAGGAUGAUGCUGGGCUGCAGCUGAGAUCCUGUGGACCAGAGCGUGAGUCCUUCUACUGGAGGGGCGCUGGAUUUGCUGGAGCUCCCCUCCCCUCCCUCAGCUCUGAGCACCAAUGAUGCAGGCACGCUACUCUGUGGGUGACCCCAACACCCUGGUGCCCUACCUGAGUGACCAGAACUACUACAGGGCGGCUGGGUCCUACGGCACCAUGGCAGCACCCAUGGGUGUCUAUCCUGGCCAUGAGCAGUAUACCUCGGGCAUGAGCAGGUCCUAUGGACCCUACCACCACCAUCAGCCCUCAGCGCCCAAGGACCUAGUGAAGCCACCCUACAGCUACAUCGCCCUCAUCACCAUGGCCAUCCAGAACGCCCCAGACAAGAAAAUCACCCUGAAUGGCAUUUACCAGUUCAUCAUGGACCGCUUCCCCUUCUACCGGGAGAACAAGCAGGGUUGGCAGAACUCCAUCAGGCACAACCUUUCCCUCAACGAGUGCUUUGUCAAGGUGCCCAGGGACGACAAGAAGCCGGGCAAGGGCAGCUACUGGACCCUGGACCCCGAUUCCUACAACAUGUUCGAGAAUGGCAGCUUCCUAAGGAGGAGGAGGAGGUUCAAGAAGAAAGAUGUUUCCAAGGACAAGGACCAGAAGGACCCGAGCAAGGUGCAGAACACCAUCUCCUCCAUGGACAUGGCCAAGGAGGUCCACCAUGAAAAGAAGAUAGUCAUCAAGAGUGAAUCUCCUGAGCUGCCAGUCAUCACCAAGGUGGAGAACAUGAGCCCUGGCGGUGGAAGUGCCAUGCAAGACAGCCCCAGGAGUGUGGCAUCAACUCCAUCCGUGUCCACGGAGAGCUCAAUCCCAGACCACCACCCCUCCAGCAAUGGCCUCUCAGGCUUCAGCGUGGAGAACAUCAUGACCCUAAGGACUUCUCCUCAUGGGGAUCUGAGCCCGGUUCCAGCUGUCCCUUGUAGGACAGGUAUGGUCCCAUCACUACCUAUUAACUAUGCCCAAAGCCAAUCUUCUAUCUACAGCCAGGCCUGCACACAAGGCAUGGACACUAGUGGGAGCUACCAGUGCAGUAUGAGGGCCAUGAGCUUAUACACAGGUGACAGGUCUGGGCACAUGUGUGUUCCCACCACACUGGAGGAGUCCAUCUCAGACCAUCACAACGGGACCACAUCUCCUUUACACUCCAUGAGCCUCAGCUCCAGCCAGGAGAGUGUCCUGACCUCCAGCCAUCACCAGCAAGGAGGGGCAGCCGGCCAGACUCCAUCCUGGUACCUCAACCACAGUGCAGAUCUCAACCACCUGUCAGGGCACACCUUCAGCCCCCAACAACAGACCUUCCCCAAUGUCAGGGAAAUGUUCAACUCCCAUCGCCUGGGCAUAGACAGUUCUGCCCUGGGCGAGCAUCAGGUGAGCAGUAAUGCCAGCUGUCAGAUCCCAUAUAGGGCUGCCCCUUCCAUAUACCGCCAUAGCAGCCCCUACUCCUAUGACUGCACUAAGUACUGACCCCAAACAGGCCAAGCUGGGACAAUCACCACCACCAGGACAACUCAGCUAGCUUUCCAUGGACCAGCUGACACAACAAUAACAUUGGUAAUUCCUGCAAUUAUUGCAAAGUCGUUUUAUGCAAGUACAAACAAAUCUACUUGAAAACGAAAAAAAGAUAUGGAUAUUUAUAUGAAUGACAUAAAUGAAUGAUAAAUGUCCCCAAAUGUGUUUUGGAAGGAAAGUUAUUAGGACCAACAAUAUAAUCCCAUAUGUGUGUCCUGUGAGGUCACCAUGAUGUUAUCCUGUCCUGUCACCUUGUAUAAAGCAGCCUGUUAUUCAGAGUCCUAUAUUCUAAUAUUUAAAGUUGAGUUCACUGGAUCGCAUUUUUUUUAUAGAUUACAGCAAAGUGUUUAUCUUGCUGAUAUUAUUGGUAAAAUAGCUGCAAAAAGAAACAAAAAAACAUAAAUUUAUACCAUCUCCUGUAUAAUAUUCUGCGAUGUUUCGCACAGUUUAUGCAAUGAUUUUUUCUUCUUCUUUUGACAAAUUAAGAAUAUAAUUUAUUAUUAUUAUUUCCUUUGGUGAAACAAUGCUAAACUCUCUGUCUGCUCUCUCCCCAACCUGAGCCCGAUCCCCCGUUGUUUCGUCUCUUUUACAUGAAAUAAAUCCUUGUUGUGUCACAUCUUAAAUACGGUUACACGUGUGUCUUAUUUUUUUGGGGGAAUUGUUCGAUUGUCGACUGGCUAUAAAAUAUAUAGAAUAAUAUAUAUAUAGAUAGAUAGAUAGAUAGAUAG